UCUGACCUCGCGGGGGAGAGAGAGAGAGAGAGAGUGGAGAGGGAGGGGGCCGGAAGAGCACACUCUCUCAUGUUCCGGCACGCCGCAGCUACGAGGCCAAAAAGCUACUUCUUCCUCGCGCACCGCCGUCAGCUGUCGAGCCAACGCCACGCCUUUCCCGUCGACUUCAUCGCCACCGCCAUCCGCCCCUUCCCGGAUUACUCCCCCAAGAAGCCCGCCAUCUAUGACGCGGAGCUCGUCCGCAGCAUCGUCACCGCCCUCAAGCAGCGCCGCUCCGAGUCCCCAGACGUCAUACUCGGCCCCUUCGCCGCCCGAUUUCGCUCCGACCACCUCGUCUGGGCCUUCCUCCAUCUCCGCUCCGACCCCGUCCUCGUCGGCGCCCUCCUCCACUGGUACCGACCCCGCGGUCGCCCCGUCCCCGCCGAGGCGCUGGCCAUCGCCGCCCACGUCGCCGUCGUGUCCGGCGAACCAGCAUCUGCGCGCCGGCUGCUCCGCGACGGCCUCGUCUCUCAUCGAAAUUUCGUCGAUCGGGUGAUCUACACCUACAAGUACUGGUGCUCCGUCCCCUCCGUUUUCGAUUUGCUCUUCGGCGCCAUCGUUGACAUCAAUAGGCUCGACGAAGCCCGCACCCUCUUCCGCCACUUGGUUACUUACGGGAUCAUCGUCUCUGCUGAUGCUUGCAACGCACUGCUUAGUCGCUUGACGCUCGAUCAUAUGCUGAGUACGUUCUCAGACUUCCAAGAACUCGGUCUUCGGUGGAACACCAAAUCUUGUAACAUCCUUAUUCACGGGUUCUGCGGGGCAGGAAAGACUGGAGAAGCCCAUAAGAUACUUCUUGAGAUGGAAGGAACAGUGGGUGCUUCGCCUGACAUUAUAAGUUAUAGCACCCUCAUUGAUGCGUACUGCCGCUAUGGGGAGCUUCUGCAGGCGACUGAGUUGUUCGAAGAAAUGGGUGACAAGGGUUUGAUGCCGAAUGCCUUUACCUUUAACAGUAUAAUCACCCUCCUCUGUAAGAAUGAAAAGGUAGUGGAAGCAGAGAGGGUGUUCACGGAAAUGAUGUUCCGUGGAGUAGCUCCAGACCAUGUCGUAUAUACUACUCUGAUUAACGGAUACUGCAAAAGCGGUAAGCUGCCUGCGGUGUAUCGGCUUGUUGAAGAAAUGAAGAAUAGCCAACUAGUUCCCGAUACGGUCACUUAUACUGCUCUGAUAUAUGGACUCUCUAGGAGUGGAAAUAUGGUCGAAGCAAAUAAAUUAUUCCGAGAGAUGGUUGGUAAAGGUCUGAGUCCUGAUGAAGUUACUUACACUGCACUUAUUGACGGUUACUGCAAGGAAGGGAAGAUGAAUGAUGCCUUUUAUCUCCAUAAUGAGAUGCUUCAGAUGGGCCUUGUCCCGAAUGUUGUGACAUACACUGCAUUAUCAGAUGGACUUUGUAAGCAAGGGGAGGUAGAGACCGCUAAUGAGCUUCUGCGUGAGACCUCUGGCAAGGGACUAGAGCUAAAUGUAUUUACCUACAAUUCACUGAUAAAUGGUCUUUGUAAAAUUGGUAAUAUAGAACAGGCUGUGAAGACCAUGGUGGACAUGGAGGCAGCAGGACUUUGCCCAGAUGUUUACACUUAUACUACCAUAAUGGAUGCCUAUUGCAAGUCAGGCGAGAUGGAUCAGGCACAUGACCUUCUUAGGGAAAUGUUAGACAAAGGUAUUCAACCAAGUAUUGUGACUUUUAAUGUAUUGAUGAAUGGCUUUUGUACUGCUGGGAUGUUAGAGGAUGGAAGGAGGCUUUUGGAGUGGAUGUUGGAGAGGAGUAUCAUGCCAAACAGUGCAACUUAUAACUCUCUUUUGAGGCACUACUGCAUGGAGAAAACUAUGAAGACCACAACUAAAAUUUACAAGGAAAUGCGUGCUAGUGGGAUAAUGCCUGAUGAGAAUACAUACAACAUUUUGAUCAGGGGGCAUUGCAGGGCCAGAAACAUGAAGGAAGCUUGUUAUUUUCACAGUGAAAUGAUUGGCAAAGGGUUCAGUCUCAGUCGUGGUUCUUACAAUGCACUUAUUAAAGGGCUUGUUAGGAAGAAGAGGUUGACAGAGGCAACACAACUAUUUGAAGAGAUGAGAGCCAAAAAUUUGGUUGCUAAUAGAGAAAUUUACAAUAUUUUUAUUGAUAUAAAUUACACUGAACAAAAUAUCGAGAUGACACUUGAACUUUGUGAUGAAGCAGUAGAAAAAUGCCUUCCAGAGUCUGAUCUUAAUAAAAUUUGAUCAAUGCAUUUGACUACAGGAUUGUGGAGAUGUGCUGAAUAUCAAGUGUGGUGCUACGGCACUGGCAGAUCUGAUUAAUGAUUUGUAGUGCAAGAAUGUUAGAGGUUCGUCGCAUCAGGAAAGAUAUCUGGAGCUUUGAUCAACAUCUUCGUAUCAGAAUUGGCUAAUGGAAUGUUCCAAGUUCAUUCCAGUGGUCGUGUUCAUUUCUGCUCUACCAUUGUUAAUGAACAAAUGGCUUCAAGAAUCACAGGAUUCAUUCUUUCAGUAGAACAAUUUUUAUCUACUGGGUGCUGAUUGAUGCAGGUUUAGCAUUGAGCAUCUUACAAUUGGACAAAAACUUAUCUAUUAAUCAGUGAAUUAGACUGAUGUCUGAAAUGGAUCUUAACAAUGAGUAGUUAUCUGUAGAACUCACUCAACUCCGAUGAACUCUGUAUGAGCUAUGAUUGACUGAUUCAUGAUUUAAAAAACGCUUUGGAAGGAGCAGCCACCAUAAUCAAUUGAUCUCAGCUCUUUCAACUUGAAGAAAGGUAGAGAGACUUCCAAAUUCCUGAAGUGGACAACUCAUCGCAAACCAUCUUCUGUUGCAAGUUCUGUUUUUCUAGAAGAUGAAUGCUGACAGAGUAUAUAUUAAGUUCAUCUGACAAAAAAUAAAAUGCCAGUACUAAUUUUGUAUUAUGUUUUGGUUCAAUGGUCAGAGUCGAAGCAUGAGUCCUGGAUAAGGUGUUUUUGAAACCUAUUCUGCGAAACAUAUGGAUAUGUUUUCAUGAUUUUGAUCGUUUCAGAAGAUGAUCGUGCGGCUCUAAGCUUGCUAGUGAUGAUGUGUGGCCUUCAACACCUGCCAUCAGAAUCUUAUCCAUCUGAUUGUAUCCAUCACUGAAGAUUGUUUCCCUAUUAUUUGUACUAUUCAUUAAACUAAAACUAAUAUAAACUGUUUAUUUCACAGUUUCAGUUUUGAA